CCAAAAAUUAUUCCAAUCAAAUCUCCAAUGUCUAUAUACAUACACUCACAACUCUCAUGCACAACAAUACACACAACAAACUCACAAAAAAGAAAGAAAGAGUGAGAGAUUUAAAGUAAAUCAAGAAAGAAAGAAGAGAUAAUGACAACACUACCCCUACCCCCACUAGCCCCACUUCUCCUUCUCCUUCUCUCCCUCCCUCUCAUCUUCUUCCUCUCUCCCCAUCAUCUUCUCCCCCAAACCCUAAUCUCCAUUACCAACCCUUCCGAUCUCGACGACCAUCUCCUCCGCCGUGCCUCUCUCCUCUCCUCCUCCUUCACCUCUCCUCCUCCUUCUGCUCCUCCUAAGAUCGCUUUCCUCUUCCUCACCAUCUCCCCCGAUCUCCCCUUCUCCCCUCUCUGGACUCUCUUCUUCUCCUCCCACUCCUCCCUCAUCUCCAUCUACAUCCACUCCUCCAUCCCUUCUCCUCAUCCUCCUCCUCCUCUCCCUUUCUCCUCUUCAUUCAAUCCUCGUUUCAUCCCUUCAAUCCCCACCUCCCGUGGUUCCCCAUCUCUAAUCGCCGCCGUUCGCCGUCUCCUCGCCGCCGCUCUCCUCGACGACCCUCUCAACGCCUUCUUCACUCUCCUCUCUCCACACUGCAUCCCUCUCCGCCCUUUCCCCUCCUUCCACUCCACCCUCUUCUCCCCUUCCCCUCCUCUCAGCUUCAUCGAGAUCCUCCCUCCCGAUCCUCUCUUCCUCUAUCCUCGCUACAUCGCUCGCGGCCCUCCCGAAUCCACCAUGCUCCCCGAGAUCCCCUUCUCUCAAUUCCGCGUCGGAUCUCAGUUCUUCACUCUCUCCCGCCGUCACGCCCUUCUCGUCGUCCGCGAUCGCCGUCUCUGGCGCAAGUUCCGCCUUCCCUGCUUGCCAUCCAGCCUGGAUUCUUGCUACCCAGAGGAACACUACUUCCCCACCUUGCUCUCCAUGAUGGAUCCAGAGAGCUGUACUAAUUUUACCUUGAUGAAUGUUAACUGGUCUGAUAAUGUUGAUGGCCACCCACGUCUCUACUCGCCGGAGGAGGUAUCGCCGGAGCUAGUGAGGACCUUGAGGAAGUCUGAAGAUUCCAACCAUGAGUUCAUGUUUGCAAGGAAAUUCUCUCCUGAAUGUUUGCAGCCAUUGAUGGACAUUGCUCAAACUGUGAUCCUCAAGGAAGAGUAGCUGGAUAUGGAUCAAUGCUUGUUUUUGCUGCCAAAUUUGCAGCUUUUUUUGCUGCGUUUUUGCUGCAGCACUACCUCAGGGUUUGGUGAGCAAAGGACCAUGGACAAGUACUGAUGAAGGAGAAGUGCGUCAUCCAUUUAUAUAUGUAGAAUUAUACCAAUGUAAAAUUUGUUAUUUACUUCUCAGAUAAUUUAUAAUGUUACUCUUUUUUUAACCAAAUGUAAACACAGCAUGUAUUUCUUUUCUUUAUUUUA